UUUUGCGAUAUAUCGCAGGAUGUUAAAAAAAAGUCCGAUCAUAUGAUGCGCGAAUGUUUGCCAUUCGUGUCUGAUCAUCUGUAAUCUCAAAAGCUCUUUCCUUUGCGAUAAUGGCGAGUCAGACGCAAGGAAUUCAACAGCUUUUAGCUGCAGAAAAAAGGGCUGCUGAAAAAGUAGCAGAAGCCAGGAAAAGGAAAGCUCGCAGAUUGAAGCAGGCAAAGGAAGAAGCGCACGAUGAAAUCGAGAAGUACAAACAAGAAAGAGAAAAACAGUUUAAGGAAUUUCAGGCGAAGCACAUGGGCACGACGGAGGAUGUGGCGGCCCGCAUCGAGGCGGACACCAAGGUGAAGAUCGACGAGAUGAACAAGCAGGUGUCUCAUCACAAGGAGCAGGUGAUCGAGAAGGUACUGGAGCUGGUGUACGACAUCAAGCCAGAGCUGCACAAGAACUACCAGGCGUCCAAGCACUAGGCGCCACCAGCGUCUCCCGCUUUAGUUCACAAAGACUCUGUAGAUAGGUGUGUGUGUAUAUAAGUCGUCUGUACCAUACUGCAACAGCAUUACAGACUCUUCGUAACUAACCUGGUGGUGAUUUUACUGUUAUCUGCCAUUGCUCUCUCUGGUAUUCUCACACCCUUUACCUUCAAGGUGUUCCCACAGAGAGUUUUUUUUAGCAACGCGUGUUCGGGAAAGAGUACGAAGAAUGAAUAAUUCUUUACUAACAAUGCUUGCCACGAAUGCCCUUUCACCCCUCUGCUGGAUGUUGAAAAACUUUAAGUCACCCUUGAUUGCCUCCCGAUUUUUCUUGGGUUAAUUAAGUUCUCUUGAAUCAUUCCAUUUUUGUCCUAAGGUUGUGUUACGUGAAUCAUUGUUAGUGAAUGUGUUCUGUGCAUUGUACAGUAUUAGAAGAAUAAAUUAAUUAUUUACUUA